UGCACAAACAAGCGUACCAACUCCAACGUUACUAGUCUACUGCAUUCUCCUCCUGCAGACUUGCAAGAAUCCAACGGCACUACAUUUGUGAGGAUCUUUUCUUUGUGCAGCUCUCCACCUUACCAUGUCCCUUCAGCCCCUGAGUGCAGUUAACUGUUCGAGUCUUCUGCAGCCUGGCUGCUCCUUGCUGCAGCUGGAUGGUGAUACUCUCCUCUUUGGGCAGAAAGGCUGGCCCAAGCGCUCUUGCCCCACGGGUAUCUUUGGGGUGCGAAUAAAGAACAAUGAGUUUAAGCUGCGCCCCAUCACUUUCUCCAACAACUCCUGCUACCUGCCACCCCUGCGCUGCCCAGCGGUGGCUCGGAUGGAGCCCCGUGACGACAGCCCUGAGGGCUACCUGAUCCACGGCGGCCGCACCCCCAACAACGAGCUGUCGCCGGCACUGUACGUCCUGAGCGUGGACAGCCGCGGCUGCAACCGCAAGCUGACCCUGCGCUGUGAGGAGAAGGAGCUGGUGGGGGAGGUUCCGAGCGCACGCUACGGCCACACGGCCAGCGUGGUGCACAGCCGCGGCAAGAGAGCCUGUGUGCUGUUUGGGGGGCGCUCGUAUCGCCCGCCGGGCCAGAGGACCACCGAGACUUGGAAUAGCGUGGUAGACUGCCCCCCGCAGGUGUUCCUUGUCGACCUGGAGUAUGGCUGCUGCUCGGCCCACUACCUCCCCGAGCUUACUGAUGGCCAGUCCUUCCACCUGGCGCUGAGCAGAGGAGACAGCGUUUACCUCCUGGGGGGCCACACGCUGUCGUCCGACUCAAGACCCCCACGCCUGUACCGCCUGCGCGUUGAGCUGCUACUGGGGAGCCCUAAGUUGUCCUGCGAGGUUCUUGACAACGGCCUGUCCAUCACCAGUGCCAUAGCGACGCGCUUGGACUCUGGGCACGAGUACGUCAUCCUGGGCGGCUACCAGGCAGACCAGCAGAAGCAACUGCAGUGCUGCUCGGUGGUUCUGGACGAAACCGGGAUCCACAUAGACCCGCGUGAGGCACCCGCCUGGAACGGGGAGAUCAGCGGCAGCCGGGUGUGGUUCGGGGGCAGCCUGGGGAAAGGCCAUGCCCUCAUUGCCGUCCCCGCCGAGGGAAACCCAGCGCCUGCCGACGCGUUCUACCUGUACCAGGUGAGCUUCAAACAGGAAGGAGGAGGCGAGGAGUUCACGCAGGGCUACAGCCAGGAGUCCACCGACAUGGAGGACUCCACUCCACUGGAGGACUCCGAGGAGCUCUACUUUGGCCGCGACCCCCACGAGCUGGAGAUGCUAGCCAGCGACGGUGAGGGUGACACGUACAACGAGGAGGAUGAGGAGGACGAGUCGCAGACGGGCUACUGGAUCCGCUGUUGCUCCGGCUGCCAGGUGGACGGCAACACGUGGGAGCCCUUCUACUCCACGGAACUCACGCGGCCCGCCAUGAUAUUCUGCUCCAAGGGCGAGGAAGGGCACUGGGUGCACGCCCAGUGCAUGGAGCUGCCCGAACCCAUCCUGGUGCGCCUCUCCCAGAACAACAGCAAGUACUUCUGCCCGGACCACGCCGGCCAGGGCCGCCAGGAGAGGACACCGCCACGUCAGGAGAUGCCCGUCAAGCGCACACCCAUGAAGACCCUCCACAGGAAGGCCCCUGUCAAGCUCAACAUGACCCCCGCCAAGAAGAGCUUCCUGAGAAGGCUGUUCGACUGACCACCUGAAGGGCCCCUGAUGGCUUCAGCCUUUGCCAUGCAAACCAUUGUGA